UCUGCGCGACAUCCGCACUGUUGCGCGACACACGAGAACUACAGAUGACCUCUUACGUUUGAGUGAAAGACCGCCAAAUGUUGUUGACAUCGUUUAGCGACAAAAAUUACAAAGACUUUGAUGAUCAGUCGGUGCGGAUUGUUUCGGGGGAAUUGCAGGUGAUUGACGAUUUGUUGAGAUAAUUGACGGGCUUCGGGAAUUAUUAUUAAUUGGUGUUGAGGACUGUCAAUGCGGGAAAUGACGAGACGUCUUAACCUCAAAUUGAAGUAUGCGGUUUCGUUUUUUUGGGGUUUGUUUGGGAAUCAGGAAGAAUUUUAGGGAACGAGUGAGGGGGUUCUGUGGUAAAUCGGGGGUCAUUGAGGGGAAGUGCGGGGGCGUUAUGAAGGUGUUAAAUGUCGCGGAGAAGAACGAUGCCGCGAAGAAUAUCGCUGGACUGUUGUCCAGGGGAGCAUCGAGACGGAGAGAGGGGCUAUCAAAAUACAACAAGAUCUACGAAUUCGAGAUUAAUUUAUGGAACCAGAACUGCACGAUGGUGAUGACCUCGGUCUCCGGUCAUUUACUAAAUUACGAUUUCGUGGGGGCCUACAGGAAGUGGCAGGGAUGCCACCCCCUCUCCCUCUUCGACGCACCUGUGACGAAGCAGUGCUCAGACGAUAAUUACAUAAAAAUCAAGAAGACGAUCGAGAGGGAGGUGAGGGGCUGUGGGGCUCUCAUCAUCUGGACUGAUUGUGAUAGAGAGGGGGAGAAUAUUGGAUAUGAGAUUAUUCAAGUCUGCCAGGCUGUUAAACCGAACAUCAGAGUUUACAGGGCGAAUUUCUCCGAGAUAACAGCGACCUCGAUAAAUCGAGCGAUCCAAACUCUGGGUGUGCCAAAUCAGCAGGUGAGCGAUGCAGUGGACGUCCGCUCAGAGCUGGAUCUCCGAAUAGGUGCAGCCUUCACUCGUUUCCAGACCCUUCGCCUCCAAAAGGUCUUCCCCCGCACCCUAGCCGAAAUGCUGAUAAGCUACGGGAGCUGUCAGUUCCCCACCCUGGGUUUCGUAGUCGAGAGAUUCCUCGCCAUCGAGCGCUUCAAAUCCGAGCCGUACUGGAAGCUCAGGGUCAGCGACAACCACGACAACCUAAACGUGGAAUUUCGUUGGGCAAGACACCGAUUAUUCGAGAAGACGCCCUGCCAGGUGUUCCUGGACAUUUGCCUGGAGAAUCCUGACGCUACAGUCGAGAGAAUCACGACGAAACCCAAGAGCAAGUGGCGUCCAGUGCCCCUGGACACUGUGGAGCUGGAGAAGCAAGGCUCGAGGAAGCUUCGGAUGAACGCUAAGGAGACCAUGAAGAUCGCUGAGAGACUGUACACUCAGGGCUUCAUCAGCUAUCCAAGGACUGAAACCAACAUAUUCCCGCAGGGCUUGAGUCUCCAGCCUCUCGUGGAACAGCAGGCCGAUCAUCCAGAGUGGGGGGCAUUUGCUCAACGAGUCCUCAACGAGGGCAUCACACCUCGACAAGGCAAGAAGAGCGAUCAGGCCCAUCCCCCAAUUCACCCGACGAAAUUCACGGACUCGCUCCAGGGGAAUGAGGCGAGAGUCUAUGAGUUUGUGGUUCGACACUUCCUCGCCUGCCUUUCGAAGAACGCUGAGGGCUUCGAGACAACUGUGGAGAUUGACAUUGCUGGCGAGAAAUUCACGACGAAUGGACUCCAGAUCAUUGCGAAGAAUUAUCUGGACGUUUAUAUUUAUGAGAGGUGGAAUGCUAAGGAGAUUCAUCUCUAUGAGGAACGCCAGGUGUUCAGGCCAACGGACAUAUCAAUGGUGGAGGAGAAGACCUCCCCCCCGAACCUCCUAACCGAAGCCGACCUGAUCGCGCUGAUGGACAAGCACGGAAUCGGCACUGACGCAACCCACGCCGAGCACAUCGACACCAUAAAAUCUCGUCAGUACGUGGGUAUGCGAGACAAUCAGUACCUGAUCCCGGGAAAAUUGGGAAUUGGCUUGGUGUUGGGCUACGACAACAUGGGAUUCCAGAUGUCAAAGCCCAAUCUUCGAGCUGAACUCGAGAACGACUUGAAACUCAUCUGCGAGGGUCAGAAGACCCCCCAGGAGGUUUUGCAGACACAAAUAAAUAAGUACAGAGAGGUCUUCAGAGUGGCACUGGAGCGUGCGAAUUUAAUUGACACAGCUUUGUCGGAGUACUUGGACGAGAGACCGAGUGAUGCUCCCGAGCUAGAGAUGACGGAGCCACCCGAGGAGGUGGUGAUAUUCAAGUGCCCCAAGUGCGGUUGCAACAUGACGUUGAAGGACAAACGGCAGGGGGUGGGCAAGUACAUUGGGUGCAUGGGGUUUCCAGGCUGCACCAAUGCCAUUUGGUUCCCCGAGACUGUCACUGGGGUCUCGGUACUCCCAGACUCCUGCAACAGGUGCCAGGACUUCAGGAAGUUGAGGGUGAAGAUUCGACCUGGGACUGUGCCAUUGCUGGGGUCUCAGGUGGACACGUGCAUUGGGGGGUGUGAUCAGAUGUUCAAUGAGAUCAUGGGGAUUCGUGAGGCGAACAUCAAGAGGGGAGCUGGCCUUCCGGACAGUGGGUAUGGGAGCAGUCAGAGCACUCAGAGACUCCAGGCAUCUGCACCAGCUGCUGCUCGUCCCCAGAACGGAAGCACCGGAAGAUCCCUCCCAGGAACAUCAACACAGAGCACGCGUCCUGCCCCCAGACCCCCACCUGCGCCCCCCCGUCCCCCCAACCCAGGACCGAUGAGACCCCCAGACAACCCCAGAAACUCCAAACGCAGCAAUAAUGACGGGCCCGCCCCCCCAGGCCCCAAGAAACCCAGAGUGGCGCCUCCCAGACCCCCCAGCACCUCUCGAACCCCCCAAAACGACACUCACUCCUUCAUGUGCAAUUGUCAUCAGCCAGCUGUCCAGCUGACAGUCAGGAAGGAGGGGCCCAACCAGGGAAGACUGUUCUAUAAAUGUUCUAAAUCCCAGGGAACAGGUUGUGACUUCUUCCUCUGGGCUGACGAUGGAGAUCUUGGACAGGCUGAACCGAGACAUCAACCACCACCACCCAGAGGGAAUCAGCCGGCCAGACGUAAUGACGAGUGGGAUCCUCCCCCACGAGGUGGGGAUAGGAAUCAUAAUCAAGGGGAUGAUAAUGCCCCUCGGUGCCAGUGUGGACAGCCCGCGAGGAAAUUAACUGUCAGGAAGGAGGGACCCAACCAAGGAAGACAGUUCUGGGGCUGUCCACAGGGGAUGGGGAGCACUUGUAAAUUUUUCGUCUGGGCUGAUGGAGAUGGAGAGAAUAAUCCUGGCGGCGGGGGCGGGGGAGGGGGCGGGGGUGGAUGGGGUGGAGGCAGAGGGGGAAGAGGGGGACGAGGGGGCAGAGGAGGGACUGGUGUCAAGAGAAAAUGUGGAGUGUGUGGGGUAGAAGGUCACACCAAGAGAACUUGCCCUCAAAAUAAUUAACGUGGCUAGUCUAUAUUCAGUUAGGUGCAUAUUGCACUGCCUUCAGAAUGUUCAGUAAUUGUACAGAGAGUAAUUUUAUGACACAUUUUUAUGAAUUCAGUGCCUUAAUCAGUGAGAAUUGUGAUAAUUAUUUACGAGAUUUCGACAGUGGGAUUGAGGAUCUCGAGGUCUGCGGGGCUCUCCCUCGACUGUUGUCUUUAAUUUGUAGAGAUGAUUAUGUUAAUUGUGGGUUGGGGAUAAUUGGGGAUAUCAGCUGGCAUCUGGUUGACUUUGGAGGUUUUAGGAUAAUUGUUGAUGUCAUUUGCGAGAUCUUGACAGUUUUGCUUUAAGACUUUGGAGUUCGGUUUUGUGUAGCUCUGCCUCAACUGUUGUCUCUGUGAUCUGUAAAGAUGAUUGCGUUAUACUGUUGAAUGUUUUGUAAUUCGAUGCGGGGGAAUAUCGUUUGUGGGAUUUUUUAUUCAUCUAGAAAAUUCAACGAAAUUGAGUGUUUCAUGGUCAACUAACUUCUUCUGAAAAUUAAAAAUGACAUUCAACUGUAUUUUCGACAGAUUGAAAAUUCAAAAAACAAAUGGCUUCAAUUUCCACCAUUUUUAUCGUCAUAUGGAUCUUGAAAUUGAAAAUUUAAGCAAAUUUUCUUGCAUAUUCCAGAAAUUUAAUGAUUUGUCAGUAAAAGCACACAUUAGACGUUCAAAAUUUCAAAAUUUUUUUCUGUAAUUCCAGGAUUCAUUUCCAAAGAGUGUAAGGGAGAUUUUAAAGAGAUCGAUUUGAGAUUAAUUUCUCACCAUGUCUAAUAGCAGAUCGAACUUUAUCUUCAAUAAAUUAUUUUCUUCUUCCA